UCCCUCAAGCGCGGUUGGGAGCAUGCUACCCACCGCUCACUGCUUCUGAACCACGCUGCGCAAGCAGCGAACGCCCCAGACAACAGGCGCCUCCUCGAUAACGACUCGCCAGCGGCGACAGAGAAAUAAAAUGGCGGCCGCCGUUAGCAGCGCGGUGCGGAUAGCCGCGACGCUGCUGUGCUUCCAAAUCAAUCCUGUGCUUCCAAGCCAAAUCCUGAACCCUCCGUACUUCAACCUUGCCGAGGGCCGCAACAUCUCGGCCACGGCUACGUGUGGUGACCAGGGUACGCCCGAGCUCUACUGCAAGCUCGUCGGCGCCAACCUUGACAAGCAGGACAACCCGAACAUCAACAUCAUCCAGGGACAGGUGUGCGACUACUGUGAUGACCCCCGCCGAGACUACCCUCCGCACGUGUUCGAAGGCGACCCGCUGGACCAGCGGCGCGAGCACCCGGCACGCUACGCCAUCGACGGCACCGAGCGCUGGUGGCAGAGUCCACCGCUUUCCCGUGGAACGCGCUUCAACGAGGUCAACCUCACCGUCGACCUCGGGCAGGAAUUCCACGUUGCCUAUGUCUUCAUUAAAAUGGCCAACUCCCCUCGGCCAGGUGUGUGGGUCCUGGAGCGAUCGACCGACAAUGGCAAAACCUACAAGGCCUGGCAGUACUUUGCCGACAGCAUCGAUGACUGCAGAACCAUCUUUGGGCCAGAUGUGGAGGACUCCAUCAAGCGUGAUGACUCUGUUAUUUGUGAGACAAAGUUCUCCAAGGUGGUGCCCCUUGAGGGAGGGGAGAUGGUCAUCUCCCUGCUGAAUGGCCGUCCGAGUGCAGAUAACUUCACAUAUUCACCUGUGCUGCAAGAAUGGACUAAAGCAACCAACAUACGAAUGCGCCUGCUGCGAACAAAGACACUUCUCGGUCACCUGAUGUCAGUCGAACGUCAGGACCCCACAGUCACCAGGAGGUACUUUUACAGUAUCAAGGAUCUCAACAUUGGUGGCCGGUGCGUGUGCAACGGACACGCUGACACGUGUGACAUCACCGAUCCAGCAAACACGUACAAGCUCAACUGCAGGUGCCAGCACCACACAUGUGGUCACCAAUGUGAGCAGUGCUGCCCUGGGUACAUGCAGAACAAGUGGCAGCGAGCCAGCAUUGACAACCCCAAUGUCUGUGAACCCUGCAACUGCUUUGGACACUCGAACGACUGCUACUAUGAUGAAAAAGUGGAUGAACAGCAGCUGAGUUUGAACAUCCAUGGCAUUUAUGAUGGAGGUGGAGUCUGCCAAAACUGCCAGCACAACACAGAAGGCAUAAACUGCAACAAAUGCAAGCCUGGCUUCUAUCGCCCUUACAACAAGCCCUUGAAUGCCACCGAUGUCUGUCAACCGUGCCAGUGUGACCCGACCUAUUCCUCGGGCAACUGUUCAGAAGGGUCGGGUCAGUGCGAAUGCCGGCCGGAGUUCUUGCCACCAAACUGUGACCAGUGCAAUGUAGGCUACUAUGGCUAUCCAACCUGUCGUCCUUGUGACUGCCAUGCAGAAGGCACUCAAGGUCGUGUCUGUCAGGUGAAUGGAGGCCAGUGUCCGUGCCGCCCUUACUAUGAGGGAAAGAACUGUGACCGGUGUGCUCCGGGCUAUUAUGGUUUCCCACACUGCCAACCCUGUGACUGCCACCCGACGGCUUCCUUGGGCAGAACCUGUGACGACACCACAGGGCAGUGUCAGUGUCGCAACAGCUACGGAGGACGUCAGUGUCUGGAGUGUCAAGUGGGCUUUUAUGACUACCCGUCUUGCAAAUUGUGUGCCUGUGACACCACGGGUACAUUGGACGAUGUCUGCAGCAACCAGACUGGCCAGUGCCUGUGCAAGCCGGAGUAUGGAGGGGCACGAUGUGACCAGUGUGCACUGGGAUACUAUGGCUUUCCCAACUGCAUCCCUUGCAAAUGUGACCCCAAGGGCUCCCUUAGUGAAGUCUGUGAUGCCUCUGGAAGGUGCCCCUGCCUGGCUAGUUUCACUGGACUUCAGUGUGACCAAUGUGCACCUGGAUACUUUUCUUACCCCGAAUGUCACCCUUGCGAGUGUGACACUUAUGGUGCUGUUGGUAUCUCCUGUGGCAACGAUGGCACAUGCUUCUGCAAGUCAAACUUUGAUGGAGAGAAAUGCAACAGCUGCAAGAAGGGCUUCUACAACUACCCGCUCUGUGAAGGCUGCAACUGCAACCCUGCUGGCAUUCUGCCUACAUUUGGUGGAUGUGGCAGCCUGACCAGUGGAGAGCUGUGCGAAUGCAAGGAACGUGUCACGGGUCGAAUCUGCGACCAGUGCCGCCCACUCUUUUGGAGCCUCAAGCCCGCUAAUCCUCAAGGCUGUGAAGAAUGCGAGUGUCACAUUCCUGGCACUGUUGGUGGCCUUGGAGUAUGUGAUGGACAGAGUGGUCAGUGCCUGUGCAAGCCCAAUGUAGGACAGCGACAGUGCACAACUUGCCUGGAUGGCACUUUUAUGCUGCAGGAGGACAACCUGCUAGGAUGCCAAGACUGUGGCUGUGAUGUGGGUGGAUCAGUAGGCAGCAAGUGUGAUCAGCGGAACGGACAGUGUCCUUGUCGUCCACGGAUUACCGGGCGUCGUUGCUCAGAGCCUUUGCAGGCACACUACUUCCCCACAUUGCACCAGCACAAGUAUGAGGUUGAAGAUGGUCACACGCCAAGCGGGGUCAAUGCCCGCUUCGACUUUGACGAAGCGCUCUUCCCAGGAUUCUCAUGGCGAGGCUAUGCCAUCUUCUCUAACAUCCAGAAAGAGAUCCUGCUUGAUCUACACAUCCAGAAGCCAGGACUGUACCAGGUCAUUGCACGUUAUGUCAGCCUCAAUGGUGACAAUAUGUACUCCAAUAUCACCUUCACUCCUGACUUUUAUGGAGAGACCAAGCAGAGUGAGAUUCUCAUCCUGCCACCCAGCAAAGAGCCGCGCUUCCAGGCUGUCGUCGGCCCUGAUGGUGUAACUGCACUGCCGUUUGUACUCAACCCUGGACGCUGGACCCUGUCCAUCAAAGUACAGAAGCCGGUGUUCAUGGACUACAUUGUGCUUCUGCCAGAAGCCUUCUAUGAAGCCACACUGCUUCAAGAGAAGGUCAAGCAGCCUUGCCUACGAGGGCAGGCAACUGAAGUGGCAUGCCUCCAGCUGCGCUACCCAGCACUCCCUGAUGGUGCAGUGCCUGUUUCAGCAGCUCAGGCUGGUUACGUUGAAGACAAUGGACAACAGAACCCCAUCAAGCUUCUGGAUGACCAGGACACCUUGGAUGAACUUCGCAGUGGCCCAAUGGCACAUUUGACAGAAGAGCACACCAUGACCUUGGAACUGAAAGCUCCCUCACCAGGACGAUAUGUGUUCCUGCUCUUCUACCACUCGCUUGAUAGCAAUGACUCCCUGCCAGCGGAUGUAAGCCUCUCAAACUCCGAUGCUUUGGCCACUGGCAAAGUUAAUCUGCAUCGGUGCAAGUACAACAUGGUCUGUCGACAGGUUGUUGUUGAUCACCUGAAUCGCGUGCUGGAGUUUGGGCUGAAGGAUGAUCCAGUGCGCAUAACCAUCGACCUUGGCGAAGACUCCAACACGGAACUGGCCGUGGAGAGAAUAGUGGCUGUUCCAGCACUCCAGUGGCACACAGACUAUUUGCUUCCCGGCAGGGAGUGUGUCUUGCGUGAGGGAGAAUGCCAGGGACUGCCUUUCCCUGCCUUCUCUCCUGCUGCAAAGGUUGAAUUCGAGAGUGCAGAGGAUGCCAUGGUGGCAACUGACCUUCCAACGACCCUCAAAGACAAUGGAACUAGCCUGGUUCUUCUUGACCACCGCAAUCCAAUGGUCACCCUUAAUGACACUGUGCCAGAACCGGGACUUUAUGUGCUAGUUGCACACUACUUCCAGCCUGACCACCCUGCCUUCGAGCUGAUGACCGUCCUGGAGAGUGGGGGUCACCAGCGUGACACCAAACUGCCCCUGGAGCACUGCCCAUGGACUUCAGGCUGCCGGGCUGUGCUUCUGAACCCCCAGACAGGCACCACUGCCUUCCCCCUUGUAGACAACUUCACACUCACCUUUGAAGUGCCCGACCAGAAGUCAGUCUGGCUGGACCACUUGAUGCUCAUUCGUGAAGACCAGUUUGACAAGUCAAUGCUGCAACCUCUUCCCCUGGACAAGGCUGUUGAAUUCAUCAAGCAAUGUGGGCAAAACAGCCUUUAUGUCAACACCGACACCAGUGACUUUUGCAAGGAAGCGGUAUUUUCAGUCACUGCUGAAUACAACAAUGGGGCACUUCCCUGCCAGUGCAACAUCGAUGGCUCAUUGUCUUUUGAGUGCGAGCGUUUCGGUGGCCAGUGCCAGUGCAAGGAGAAUGUAAUUGGCCGCACCUGCUCCCAGUGCCGCACAGGCUACUAUGGCUUCCCUGCAUGCCAGCCAUGUGACUGUCCCAACACUGCUGUGUGCCACCCGGUCACUGGCCAGUGCAUCUGCCCUCCUCGUGUCACUGGCGAAAAGUGCGACACCUGUGUGCCACUCACCUUUGGCUACACUCGCAUUGUCGGAUGUGAGGAAUGUAACUGCAACCCUCAUGGAGUCCAAGGAGGCAAUCUCCAGUGUGACCUGCAGAGUGGACAGUGCAGAUGCAAGAACAGCAUUGUGGGCCGCACCUGCGACGAAUGCAAGUGGGGUUACUGGGAUUUCCCACGCUGUCGCCUUUGCAACUGUGACCUCCGCGGAACGGUGGAAGAGAUCUGCAACCAGGACACCGCAGAAUGCUUUUGCAAGGAAAAUGUUGAAGGGGAGUCGUGUGACACUUGCAAGCCAGGAACCUUCUUCCUCGAGGAGAGCAACCCUGUGGGCUGCACCAAGUGUUUCUGCUUUGGCACUACAGACCGCUGCAACAGUGCCCUGCUGUACCGCAGCCAGAUUGUGGAAAUGGAUGGCUGGACAUCUACCGGCCUCAAUGUGCUUGGUGAGUUGACGCGUGGAGAUCUGGAAGCACCUGUGUCGUCUUCACCCAGGAGCGUGGAGGUGACUCCACCUGCAGAACUGCCCGUGGGCUCCCUGCUUUAUUUUGCGGCUCCCUCUCCGUACCUUGGAAACAAGGUUACAUCCUAUGGUGGAAUGCUCUCCUUCAGCCUUUCAACCAAGGUGGAUUAUGCUGUAGACUUUGGCAGCGUUAUUGGUCCAGACAUCAUCCUUACGGUAGUUUUUUUUUUUUUUUUUUUCUGUGUUCUCUCCGUCCUCAAAGUGGUAGCUCCAAUCAUUGUCCUUAACACUGGCUUCGCUUCGCAGGGAAACAACGUCACUUUGGUGCAUGAGCACUUGGAACAACCCGCGGCUGGUGUUCCACUUGACUUCAGCAUCAAGUUGGUUGAGGGCGAGUUCCGUCAGCUAGGUGGGCGCAAGGCCACAAGGGAACAGCUUAUGGUAACCUUGGUCAACCUCGAUGGCCUGUACAUUCGGGCUUCCUACUUUCAACCAUCUCUGCAAGUCAAGUUGAGCAAUGUAGCUCUGGACACAGCGCUCUCAACAUACCUUGCUGAUGCUGCCCAAUCCUUGACUGUGGAGCAGUGCCACUGUCCGCCCAGUUACAAGGGGACUUCUUGCGAGGAAUGUGCCCCUGGGUACUACCGCUCAAGGACGGGUCCUUACCUGGGCUUCUGUGUUCCCUGCCAGUGCAACAACCAUGGGGACACUUGUGAUGUUGUCACUGGAAAAUGCUAUAACUGUCGAGACAACACCUAUGGUGACCACUGUGAGAAAUGCUUGCCUGGUUACCACGGUGACGCCACCAGAGGCAACCCUGAUGACUGUCUCAUCUGUGCCUGCCCAAUUCCUUUGCCAUCAAAUAACUUUGCCGAAAGCUGUGAGGUGUCUCCAAGUGGACAAGAGAUCAGCUGCAACUGCAAAAAGGGAUACUAUGGAGCUCGAUGUGAUGUAUGUGAUGCUGGCUACUUUGGUCAGCCAGAUGUGAUCGGCAGCAGCUGCGAGCCGUGCCAUUGCAGUGGCAACAUCGACCCUGAAAACCCUGCAUCUUGCGACUCAGUCACUGGCGAAUGUGUGCUCUGCCUGAACAACACCUUUGGCACAGCAUGUGAACUCUGUGCACCUGGCUUCUAUGGGGAUGCUAUCAUGGGAAAGAAUUGCCGCAAGUGCUCCUGCGACAAAUGCGGAAUGUACUCCUGUGACCCAGCUGCAGGAACCUGCAGCUGUCACGACAAUGUAAUUGGAGAACUCUGUGACCAGUGUGCUCCAAACCACUGGGGCUUCAGCAGCUGUCAAGGCUGCCGUCCCUGUGACUGUGGCUUGGCUUCCCAGUCCAAGCAGUGUGAUCUGGAAACAGGCCAGUGCCCCUGCCAGCCAGGUGCUGGAGGUCUCCGUUGCGAAGCCUGCGAGCCAGGAUUUUGGCGUUACUCCAUCAGCGGUUGCAUCUCGUGCAACUGUGCUGCCAAGUUUUCGGCUGGUGCUGUCUGCAACCAGCAGACGGGUCAGUGCCAGUGCUUGCCUGGCGUAAUUGGGGAGAAAUGUGACAGCUGUCCACACCGAUGGGUCUUUGUAGAGCGACAGGGCUGCCAUGAAUGCGGCGAGUGUGUGCAUGCACUGCUGGACGACACAGACCAGUUGGCAGGUCUCUUCGGCGGUAUCCAGUUUGAAGUGAAAGACUUGUCGGCAACAUACCUGGCCAACCAGCGGUUGCAGGUGGUCAACCAGACUGCCCAUGACCUCCAGCUUCAGUUUGAGACAUUCCAAUCGGAACGGGAGGCAGAAGAUGCCAGUCCCUUAGGACAGAAUGUCUCUGACUUGGAAAUCUUUGGCAAUGUAGUUCGCAAGAGUAUGUCGGUGAUCCUCUCUUCGGCCAGGACGAAUGACAAUGCUGCAUUUGCGACUAAGAUGGCUGCCUUACAAGAGGAAGCUGAUGUCAACAAGACCAUCAAAGAAAUGCAAGACAUUCUGUACAACCUGAUGACAUUCUCGGAAGGCAUUAGCACAUCGUCUGCUAGCAGCAUCGAGCCAAUGCUUCAAGAAGCGAAGCACAUCACUGAGCGGCUCAAUGAUACCACCUUUGUUCCUGAAUUUCGGCAGUCCGAAGAUGAUCUAGCCGAAGCUCGUGAAGCCUUGGAGCAAGCACAGCAGUUCUCGCUGCCUGCGGUGCAGAACAAUGCAACACUGGCUGAGCUCAGGCGCAGCAUGCAGCAGGACCUGGAAGACCGUCUGCACGAGUUGGCUAACCACACGGCACGCGCCAACACCAUGAUGCGCAAGGCUUCAGGGCUGCUGCACAAAGCUAACAGCUCACCAUUCAGGGGCCUAGUCACCCAGAGUGAAGAGCUGCAGUCCAAGGCCCAGGAGCUCUUGAGAGAAGGCGAUGAGUUGCUGCGCCAGUGCUCUGGCUUCAAUUUGGAUGCAGACAAAGCCCUUGAUGCGCUGGGUGACAAUGAGCGUCGACUGCGUGAUUCAGUGGACGAGCUCAAAGAAACCUUGGCCAAAGUGAAGAAGCAGACUGACGACGUCGAGCCAGCUGUCUAUGAUGCCGUUGACCACUCGCAACAGCUUGAAAACCAAGCUGAAGAGUGCAAGAACAUCUUAUAUGACACAAAACAAACAUCUACAUCAGCACUUGCCUAUGAUGAAAUUGCCAAGGCAGUUGAUGAUGCUCUCAAUUAUUCGCAUGCUGCAAAGGCUGCUGCUGAUGAAGCUCACUCCAUGUCUGUUGGUAUCAUCGACCGUGCUUCUGACUCUAAGGGCAACAGUGAAGGUCUCCUCGCCAAUGCAAGGGAACUGGAACAACAUGUGGAACAUGAAAUGAAGCCAAGAGUAGGAGAUGCUGUUGAAAAGCUUGCAACCAUAGAGCUUCACAACAAGAUGAAUGCCAAGGACUUGCAAGACUUGGCACGUGACAUGGACAAUUUGGAAACAGCUGAAGGUCAAGAAGCCCUGCAGACCUCAGUGACCGCUGUGCAGGCAGCAGCUGACCAAGUGCAAGAAACUGCAGACAAGAUUGAUUCCAUCCUCCAGCGACUUCCUGGUGAAAACACCCAUGCUCAGGAACUCUCCAGCGACAAUGUCGGCUACCAGCAGGCUCUGCUGGCUGCCGGCAACUACAUUGAUCGUGUCAUGGCUCCUGAGCCAGAUUUGGGCCGCCUUGCAAACCGUCUGCUGCAACGACACAAGGCAAUGAAGGACCAUGCCACGGACAUCCAGAACAAACUGGAAGAACUGCGUCGCAAAGUGGCUCUUGCCAAGGAUGAAGCUAACAGGGUUAAGAUCGGCAUGGAGUUCAAGGGGGAACAAUGGCUACGGUUAAAGAACCCUGAAGACUUGCAAGAGGCAGCUACAUACACCCACCUGUCUCUGCACGCUAAGACGGACAAGCCUGAUGGCACACUCUUCUACCUUGGAAAUGGCAAGAACCCUCAGCCAAGGGCUAAGCGCUCUCGUGAGGGUGAUUUCAUGGCCCUGGUACUGAGAGAUGGUUACCCUGUGCUUCUUGUCAACCUCGGUGAUGGCAUAGAAGAGAUUCGGAAUGACAAAUAUGUUGCUGACAACAGGUGGCACCAUAUCAUUAUUGACAGGACUGGCAAAACAGUCAAUCUUGAAGUGCGCACGGAGGGUGAAUCCGACAGCACAAAGACCAAGUAUCUUCAAGGCACCAGCAGUGUCUUCAACUUGGAUCAAUCAAUGUCUGAGUUCUAUAUUGGAGGUGUGCCAGACACUGAAGAUGUUCAGCUGAGCCCUCGGGACACUAUGCCAUUUGUUGGCUUCUUAGAAGAGUUGCAAUUUGGUGGACUGCCUGUGGGCUUGUGGAACUUCCACAGCCAUGGAGGAAAGCUAGAGGGAUGCCAGGAACGGGACAGCCUCAUUGACAUUCCAAGCGGCAGGGGCCUUCGCUUUGAUGGCACAGGCUAUGCCAUAGUGUCCAAGGAGGGGCGUCAUUUCAACGAUGGCAUCAGCAUCAGCAUGAAAUUUCGCACCUAUGCCAGGGAGGGACUGCUCUUCCUCAUUCACAGUGAGGGACCGUUUAUGGCCCUGGAGCUGCGUGAUGGCCAUGUAGUAUACAAGUUUGACCUUGGCAGUGGCAUGAUGCAGAUGAGAUCCAACGCAGCCUACAAUGACGGUCAGUGGCACCAGCUCAGAGCGGCCCAGUUACUUGGAGAGGCUGACCUCACUGUGGGAGGCAAUGAUUCUAAGACUGACGUUUAUCGAGGUGAAGAGAAGGGCAUUGACUCCAAUGAUGACAUAUUCAUCGGAGGCCACCCGACUUUCCAUGGUCACAUGGAGGUGACCCGUAUGAACUUUGAAGGAUGCAUUGAAGAGUUGGAGCUAGAUGCAAGACUAGUGAACCUACACAAGACCAAGGAAGCCCUGGCUGUAACCACAGGUUGCCCUCCAAAUGUGGCACGGGUGGUGUCAUUCUCAGCAGAGUCUCCUGGCUUUGUCGCCAUGCCAUUCAUGGACUUGACAGAGAAUGCUCAGCUGACAUUGAAGUUCCGCACUAACCGCCCCAAUGGUCUCAUCUUCUACACAAGCAAUGAAGACCAUUCCAAAUUUCUUGCACUCGGAUUGCGCGGUGGAAGACUCUUCCUACAGGCACGACCAGGUGGCCGUGUAGAGACUGAGGGCACUUAUGAUGAUGGCCGCUGGCACUAUGUCACUGCCAGCAGCUACUCCAACCGGCUGAGGCUGGACAUUGACGAUGCUCUUGUGGUGCAAGAGAAUGCGGUGGAGCCCAUUUUGAUUCACACCACCAGCCCACUCUACUUUGGAGGCCUCCCCACUGGAGUCCAGGCCAAUCCUGAGCUUCAGCUUGAUGGCCGCACCUUCUUUGUUGGAUGUCUCGGUGAUUCCACUGUGCGAGGUGUUCUCCAGAAUUUCGCUGCUACUGCAGAUCGAGUUAAUGCUGUCCUCACCAGCUGCCCUCUGCCUGGGGAGGAGAGUGGUGAAGAGGGCAUAUCUACAGAGGAUACAACACAUGUGUAUGAAGGUGCAGGCAGUCAUCCCUCGAGUGGUCCACUUCCUGGCUGUGUGCUGCCACUGGAGCCAGAUCGUGAUGCUGAUGUGACACCCGAGAGUGGCCUCCGGUUUGGCAACAGUCCCGAAAGCCGACUCGAGUUCCGACUUCCUACAGACUUAGCCAAUAGUCUGAUGGAGCACUCAACCAUCUCGCUUGAGUUCCGCACUCGCCACGAGGAUGGUAUCCUGUUCUAUGUCACCAACAGUAACAAAGUCGACUUCAUAGCCAUCUUCAUGAAGCAAGGAAGAGUGAACGUCAUGUUCAACUGUGGCACGGGCCCAGGCCUGCUGACUACAUCAGAGGUGUACAAUCUUGGAGAGUGGCACUCUCUUGAGUUCAGCCGCCGGGGCCAGAUGGGCGUGCUGUACAUGGACAAUACCACAGCGGCACAGGGCAGCUCCCAGGGGACCACCAGCUCAAUCAAUGUCAAGAGCCCCAUCUACCUUGGUGGACUUCCACGCAAUGUCUCAUCUCAAGUAAAAAACAACCUUCGCGGAGUGACCGGCUCUUUUCCGGGAUGCAUCCGCAAGCUGGAAGUACAAGACCGACAGAUGCUGCGACCUCGGGUCAUCAUUGGUGCCACAGGCUGCUCGCAGAAAGUAGAAACGGGCACCUUCUUUGGUGCCAACCACAGCCACCUCAUCCUGUACGACAGCUACAAUGUGGGCAAGGAGAUGACUGUGGAACUGGACAUCAAGCCACGAAGAACUUCGGGAAUCCUGUUUGCAGUUCACAGCAACAGCCAGAAGGAUUUUGUACUGCUGCAGAUGGUCGAUGGCAACAUCAUAUUUAGUGCCGACAAUGGUGCAGGAAUUAUCAAGGCCUCUGUCACCGCAGGAAAUCUUUGCGAUGGAGAGUGGCACACUGUAAAAGCUGCGAAGAACAAGAACAUUGUGUCCCUUGCUGUCGGUGCUGCCAGUAACUUGGCCAUUGGGCGAGGAGGAGUCACGGCUACCGACACAAUGAACCCACUCUACAUUGGUGGUGUGCCCGAUCCGAGCAAGACACGAGCCACGGCCACACAUGAGCAAUAUGUUGGCUGCAUCCGUUACCUGCAGAUCAAUGGAAAACUCCAGAGCAUGGCCGAGAGCACUGUUUAUGGCAACGUCCAGUUGAACUCGUGCCCAACCAUCUAAGGAGUUGCAUUCUGCUUGUGUUAUUCCUGGGUAUUAUUAUUAUUAUUCCUGGUAGUAGUACUCAGCUUUGUGUCAUUCUUUUUUAAUCGUUGACCUGAAGAGUAUUAAGAUUGGUUUUACAAAUUCUCACUUUUCUCACCAGGUACAAAAGUAAACUUAGAUUUAAUUAAUAUGCAAUACGUACGAAUUGCUUUUGUUUUUAAAUGUGGUAAUGUUUUUGGGUUAAAUUGGUGUUAAACAAAUACUUUACUGCAGAUUGUAGUCUUAGUAAUGUAGAGGUUUCUUUUAUUAUCCUUGAUAAAGUCUGGAAGUCUUUUUUAUUCGGCUACUGAUGAUAGAAAAAACAACAGCAUUUCUUUUUUUGCAUUGCUAAAUUAACAUCAUUGUCCUGCGCUAGUUUGGUUGGCUGAGAUUUGUGUGACUGGUGUCACCUUCCACCUGAAUUGGAAGAGAAUUGGCUAUAUCUUUAAUACAAAAAGUGUUGAAUAAAGAUUGGUUUAUUUGUGUCA